CCUUCCGGCGCCGGCUGAGGCGAUGGCGGCGGGCGGCAGCGACCCGCGGGCGGCGGAUGUGGAGGAGGACGCCUCGCAGCUCGUUUUUCCCAAAGAAUUUGAAACUGCGGAAACUCUUCUAAAUUCAGAAGUACAUAUGCUUCUCGAGCAUCGUAAGCAACAAAAUGAGAGUGCAGAAGAUGAGCAGGAGCUUUCAGAAGUUUUCAUGAAAACCUUGAACUACACAGCGCGCUUCAGCCGCUUCAAAAACCGUGAAACCAUUGCCAGUGUCCGUAGUUUGCUGCUCCAGAAAAAGCUACAUAAAUUUGAAUUGGCAUGUUUGGCUAACUUAUGUCCUGAGACAGCCGAGGAAGCAAAAGCCUUGAUUCCUAGCCUGGAGGGCCGAUUUGAAGAUGAGGAAUUACAGCAGAUUCUUGACGACAUUCAGACUAAACGCAGCUUCCAGUACUAAAGUUAAUCCUCAACCCCUUUAUCUGAACAGAAAAACCUGGGAACUUUGUUUCUCAGCGCUCUGGACCAACCCAGCUCCAGGCUGAGUAAGGGCAGUUGUGGGCAGAGGGUGCUCCAGUGCUGUGUCAUCCAGAGGUGCAUUCAGUCUGGGGAUCAGUGUAGUCCCCUGGGUUUGUUCCACAUCUGUGUUUGCAAGGAUGCCUGUAUUGUGAGAGCCAAAGAACCUGAAAAGCCUUUUCCAGUGGCUCAAGGAUUUGUUUCUUCCAAAUCCCUCUCCCCGUUUUGGAAAUUUUCAACAUGUUUCUGUUUUUUUAGCAGAAAUGUGGAUGUGAUUUCUUUUUUUUUUUUUUUUUUGUGAGCUUCUAAAAGAGAGGGAGAAACUUGUUCUUGACUCUCAGAAGAUUUAGUCAUGGGUGACAUCAAUUUCUGUGGUGAUAUUUUUGUUAGUUGUGGGGUUUUCUUUUAAUUUUUUUAUUAUUUGAUCAGGACAGUGGAUUUUUACAGCUUCAGUAAUUUUCUAUUGUUGUUUAGUGUAAAUUAAAAGAUAUUUCUAAUUAAG